GGGGAUGUGACCAGCUCUUGUCUCUCUUUGUAGCCUGGAGAAAGUUUCUGCUUCCCCAUCAUCCAGACGUGGUGACCCUGGAUCCAAACUCGGCUCAUCCUGAACUUGUCCUGUCAGCGGAUGGGAGAAGUGUGAGAAGGGGAAGAGCACGGCAGGACCUGCCCGACACCCCUGAGAGAUUUGACACUCGAAGGUUUUCGAACAUCAGUGUUGAAAAUACGGAACCUCAGCUCAUUGCAUGGGGGAAGGAGACUGAAGUCACUCGCACAGGCAGGAAUUCUGCACCUGAAACUACACAAAGGUUGGAUUUACUGGGCAGCCUGGUGCCUCCCGCAGCUCGUGCCCGUCCGCUCCGCAUGCAGAUGUGGCUCCCCGCGAGCCCCGGGGGCCUUCUGAGUUAUUUGGUGACUCUCCACGUCCUGCGGCUGGGAUCAGCUGACUUCAGCGUGGUGGGACCAGGCCACUCUCUCCAAGUCACUGUGGGGCAGGACGUCGUGCUGCCAUGUCACUUGUCCCCCAGCAUGGACACUCGGAGCUUGGACAUCAGGUGGAUCCGGCCCCGGUUCUCCAAAACGGUGCACCACUACCGAAAUGGAGAGGACCUGUACAGUGAACAGCUGAGGGAAUAUGUUGGGAGGACAGAGUUGGUCAGGGAUGGUCUCUCCCGUGGACGCCUGGACUUGCGAAUCUCUGGGUUGAGACCCUCUGAUGAUGGUCAGUACGUCUGCACUGUGACAGAUGGUGCCUCUUAUGGAGAAGCUACGGUGAAGCUGGAGGUGGCAGCCACUGGCUCUUGCCCUCAGCUCUCCCUGGAGGCUUACAAGGAUGGAGGCAUGCGGAUGGUGUGUCGAUCGGCCGGCUGGUACCCACAGCCGGAGGUGCUGUGGAAAGAUCCUGAUGGGCAGCAUCUCCCCUCAGUCUCCCAGAGUCAUUCCUCAGAUGCGAGGGGCCUAUUUGGCAUCGAAGGCGUCAUCGUUGUGUCCAAUGGGAACAGACUUGGGAAGUGGUCCUGCGUGGUCAGGAACAGCCGCCUCAACCAGGAGCAGGAGACGUCCCUGCACAUCUCAGCUCCCUUUUUCCACAAUGCCCGUCCCUGGAUGGUUGGUGUGGGUGUGGUCCUCCUGCUUUUAGUGGUGUUCCUUGGCCUCGCUGCUUAUCUGUGGAGAAGGAAAGUGCUGCAGUCCAGAGAGCUGGAGACAACAGUUGCAGGACUGAAGGCCUGGAGAAAGUUUCUGCUUCCCCAUCAUCCAGACGUGGUGACCCUGGAUCCAAACUCGGCUCAUCCUGAACUUGUCCUGUCAGCGGAUGGGAGAAGUCUCCGCAUGCAGAUGUGGCUCCCCGCGAGCCCCGGGGGCCUUCUGAGUUAUUUGGUGACUCUCCACGUCCUGCGGCUGGGAUCAGCUGACUUCAGCGUGGUGGGACCAGGCCACUCUCUCCAAGUCACUGUGGGGCAGGACGUCGUGCUGCCAUGUCACUUGUCCCCCAGCAUGGACACUCGGAGCUUGGACAUCAGGUGGAUCCGGCCCCGGUUCUCCAAAACGGUGCACCACUACCGAAAUGGAGAGGACCUGUACAGUGAACAGCUGAGGGAAUAUGUUGGGAGGACAGAGUUGGUCAGGGAUGGUCUCUCCCGUGGACGCCUGGACUUGCGAAUCUCUGGGUUGAGACCCUCUGAUGAUGGUCAGUACGUCUGCACUGUGACAGAUGGUGCCUCUUAUGGAGAAGCUACGGUGAAGCUGGAGGUGGCAGGUGGCCAUCGUCCCCCAGGAGCCGGUGCUCUUCUCCAUGCCAACAUCACCUAUGGGCCGGAAAGCUGGAGCCCGGCGCAGGUGACAGUGGCAGCCACCCAUGCAGGUGCCCACACCUUUAUCACCCGCCUGCCCCGGGGCUAUAAGACAGGAACAUGCCUCUUGGACAUCUACGUGACAGGGCUCAGCCCAGGCACCAAGGUCCUGAUGACAUAA